CUCCUGAUCCCUUUGCCUCAAAGGGACUUUAUGGUUUCUUAGAAUCAUAGAAUGUCCCAAGUUGGAAGGGAACGAUGAGGAUCAUCAAGCCCUACUCCUGGCUCCAUGCAGGACUACCCAAAAAUCAAACCAUAUGUCUGUCUGAGAGUGUUGUUCAAACAUUUCUUGAACACUGAUGAGCUUGGUGCUAUGAUCUGGGGACCCUAUUACAGUGCCUGAGCACCCUCUCAGCGAAGAAACUUUUCCUGACAUCUAACCUUAACCUCCCCUGUUGAAGCUUCAUGCCAUUUCUCCAGGUCAGCAGAGAGGAAAGAGAUCAGCACCUUCCCUUCCACUCCCCCUCAUGAGGAGGCUCUAACUAAAUCCAGGAAGUUACAACUGAGACCUUGUAAUACCAGAAAUCAUUGCAAAUAUGGGUCCCAGGCGGAAAAAUGUGAAACCAUGCUCAGUGAACAGAGAAAGCUCUGAGUCUACCAAAGCUGAUGAGCCAAAAGACUACAUGAACCAGCUCUCUCAUGAAGUGCUUUGCCACAUAUUUAGGUACCUUCCCUUGCAGGAUAUCAUGUGCAUGGAAUGCCUGUCCCGGAAGCUGAAGGAAGCAGUCACUCUUUAUCUGCGAGUAGUGAAGGUUGUGGAUUUAUGUGCAGGCCGUUGGUGGGAAUACAUGCCCACUGGUUUCACUGAUUCCAGUUUCCUAACGCUGCUGAGGAAGAUGCCAGACAUUGAACAACUUUAUGGUCUUCAUCCCAGGUAUCUUGAAAGACGCAGAGUCCGUGGCCAUGAAGCUUUCAGCAUUCCUGGAGUUCUAGAGGCUUUGCAGGCCUGUCCAAAUCUGUUGGGUGUUGAAACCUCUCAUUUAGAGCUGGUGGAAGCUAUUUGGACAUAUAUGCCACAAGUUCAUAUUUUAGGGAAGUUUCGUAAUCGUAAUGGUGCUUUUCCAAUCCCUCCCGAGAACAAGCUGAAAAUUCCUAUAGGAGCUAAAAUUCAGACUUUGCACUUAGUAGGGGUGAAUGUCCCUGAGAUUCCUUGUAUCCCAAUGCUGAGGCACCUUUAUCUGAAGUGGGUGAGACUCACCAAACCACAGCCUUUUAAAGAUUUCCUUUGUAUCAGCUUACGCACUUUUGUGAUGAGGAAUUGCGCAGGACCCACAAAUUCUUUGAAGUAUGUUCCCCUAGUGACGGGCCUGGCUUCUGCCCGAAAUUUGGAGCAUUUAGAACUGGUUCGUGUUCCAUUUCUAGGAGGACUUAUCCAGCAUGUAGUAGAAGAUAGCUGGAGAUCAGGUGGUUUUAGGAAUUUGCACACUAUAGUUCUGGGAGCUUGCAAGAAUGCACUUGAAGUGGAUCUUGGCUACCUCAUCAUAACUGCUGCACGAAGGUUGCAUGAAGUGCGGAUCCAGCCUUCCUUGACCAAAGAUGGUGUUUUUUCUGCUUUGAAGAUGGCUGAACUGGAAUUUCCACAGUUUGAAACUCUUCAUCUAGGAUAUGUUGAUGAGUUUUUACUACAGUGUAAAAUGGCAAAUGGGGACUUGGUGAAGUAUGGCUUGGCUGAUGUGGUUGAAAAUCCAGGAAUUAUUACAGAUAUUGGUAUGAAAGCUGUAAAUGAGGUUUUUUCUUGCAUCAAGUAUCUGGUCAUUUACAACUGCCCACAUCUACAUAACCCAAAUAAUUGGAUCACAGAUCAUUCAAGAUGGACCCGACUAGUUGACCUCACCCUAGUGCGAUGCCACGCAAUAAAGCUAGAUUCUUUUAGUCAGUUCAUUGAGUUAUUGCCAAGCUUAGAAUUCAUUUCUUUGGACCAGAUGUUCCGUGAACCUCCUAAGGUGUGUAUUUCAAUGACUGCUUUUUAUUUCUGCCUGCUUUUACACGUCUUUGUUUGCCUUCUUUCUCAGGUUGACACGUUGACUCUUGAGCAAAAGAUAUUUAGUGGCCCUUAUCCAUACCACAUUUGCAUAAUUCAUGAAUUCAGUAACCCACCUAAUGUCCGCAAUAAGGUGCGCAUUCGGAGCUGGAUGGACACAAUAGCAAAUAUUAACCAAGAGCUUAUUAAAUAUGAGUUCUUCCCUGAAGCAACACGAACUGAUGAAGACUUGAAAAAAUACACUAAGUAUCCUUGGGGACGAGAUAUUUACACUUUAGAAGGCAUUGUGGAUGGUGCCCCUUACUCCAUGAUUACUGACUUCCCAUGGUUGAGAUCACUGAGGACAGCAGAGCCAAACAGCUAUGCCAGAUACGACUUUGAGGAUGAUGAGAGAACUACUAUUUAUGCACCCCGGAGGAAAGGACAGUUGUCUGCAGACAUCUGUAUGGAAACAAUAGGAGAAGAGAUCUCUGAACUGCGUCAGAUGAAAAAAGGAGUAUUCCAGCGUGUGGUGGCUAUCUUCAUCCAUUACUGUGAUGUCAACGGUGAACCAGUAGAGGAUGAUUACAUCUGAGUGGAUCCCCCACCUAACCUGCCAUCUCUUCCUAAGUUCUGAUUGGCACUGCCAGCCGAGAAAGCAGGUGGAUUCUUUCUGAAUGCAGAGCAUUUUCUUGAAACACAUACUUUGCAGUUGCUCUCACUCAGUUUGGGAAAGAGUAUGUAGUAAAUGUAUAAUGAAAAGUAAAAAUUGUAUACUAACAUUUGUACAUAGAGUAAACAAAAGAAAAACUUCCUAAUACUGAGACUUUAUUUCAUAUGUUUAUACAAUUUAAUUUAAAUUCCAUUUUAAUGAAGGCCAAUAAUUAAGGAACAGGGAAGAAUAUUUGAAUUCUUCAGCCCAUGCAAUUCAUAGAAGUUUUUUUUUUCUUACAAACAAAAUCCCAUUUGCUGUGUUGAAAAGAGUCAUCAGAGUCUCUUUUAAUCUGUGCCUUUUUCUUGAGCAUUUAAGAGCCCAGUCUGAGUAAACCUGUUGAGCACAAUCUUUGUGUCUUGUGUGCAUUUUUCAAAGGGAGAGAAUUAUUCUACAGUUGUUGCAAAGAAAGCCAGAAGCUGGAAAAUAUAGCAGUCAGUGAUCUGUGGUAGUUUCUAGGCUUCAUAAAUUUUUUGGGGGGGGAAGAAAAAACAUUUGGCACCUUAAAAAUAUGUUCUGAAGCAGUUUAUACUACUAGAUUUCAAUGUAAUUGUUUGACUUUUGUAAUACGAAAAAUAAGCUACUAA